AUGGCUCCCAUAGCGGUAAAAGCGCCCACCGGCGGCAAAUCUACCACGACUCCGUACGGUGACAAGUCUAUGAAGCGUGGCAGGAGUAUAAAGAGAAGCUCUACGCAACGUCGACCACAGCAGCUUUCACCUCAUUUCGCGCAGGCGAUGCAAAUGCAACAGAGCGAAGAUGAGGAUGAAGACGAAGACGAAGCUGCUACCAUCUCGGAUCGUCCCAGUUUGCAGCCAUACCGACGUCGAGAACGCCAAAGCUACAUCAAUCCGCGACAGCAUAUGCUGCAUCUGCCCGACUCAGCGCGACCUGCGACCUCCCGGAGCCAUAAGCGAGACUGGAGUUACCACAGAGACCAGAGCCCAAGCCCUUCAAUCUCCAAGAAGCUGCCGCCAUCUGACAGCUUGGCGCAGCAGCCGCAUAUUGAAAGCCACUUCAGCAUAGGCACUGCCUCUACGGGCAUGACGAGCGAAGAGUUCGAAUCGUUGCCGCCUACCAUUCAGAGAAAAACACUUUUACUGAAUGACGAAAAGCAAGACAAGUGUCAAGGGUUGCUACGCUUAGCCGGAGCCGUCGAAAUGGAGUCUGGAUUCGCGGAGAUGAGCUCUCCGAGUGGGCUGAAGCAGAGCUGGACACCGGCAGCCUUUAUCGCCUCUUCUGCGACGCCUUGCUUGCCGCCACUUGCCUAUCACUCUCUGGGAGAUUACCAUUCUACAUCAUCUUUGGCAAGCGAAGAGGAUAUCACACUUGCCUCCGACCACCAUUACCGAGUCCGACCAAACUCUGCUCGCCUACAUCCGAACCAAGCCGAUCACAUUUACGGACGGCCAAUCGACAGUGGGGACAGACAAUCACGUACGUCUCAUUCAAACCACAAGAGCAUUAUACUGGAUGCUACCGACGAGGCCUUUGUCAAGAAACGUCAAUCGCAGUUUCCCAAGUCAGGCAACUAUCUGGACGAACUUUAUCCAUCACCCUAUUCAACAAUGAGUGGCUCUCUUGGUGACGGAUUCACAAAAUCCCCUGCAGUGGAGUCAGGGACAGACUCAAUCACAGAAAGCUUGCGAUGGCUUGAAGAGAGCGAGGACUUAGAUCUUCGUCUUUGCUUAGACGACGACAAUCAGCCGAGCCCAAAGCAAGGGAAGAAAAAGCGAGUUCCAUUUCCUCGUCACCUAUCGAUCUCAAAACUUUCUUUCGGACGGCCUUCGGUUCAGUUGAGCCGCCCGGGAACUAGAGGUGGAGCUAUGGCUUCUCCAGCAAUGAGCGAGCAAUUCGUACUAUCUUCCAUGCCAAGCCCUACUGGCCAUUUCCGCAGGCGGUCUCGAGCCAUGUCCCUAAUGUCGCCAAACAAGGCUCAGAUUUCUGACGAUUCUACUCUUGUUGACCAAGCUCCAUCCCACUACCAAGAUCCUGAGGCUCGCAUGAAGCUCCGCGUAUACCUCGCUUCCCCUCACAAGUUUGAUGAAGCUAUUGAGUUUGGAUUCCCUUCAUAUGAAGGAGGAGAGACGACUCACAUUCGGUCCUUCUCACGCCAAGGCUCAUCUGAUAGAAUGCACAAUCUGAAUAGCGACGAUGUUGAGUCACUAAUCAGCGACCCCGCGUCCCCUACCGAUAUGGCCUCGCCGAGGACGCCGAUGAGCAUGGAUCACCCAUCUGUCGAGCAUUCACCACAUAUACCACAUGAGGGAACCUGGCCUGCCAACUACGCCCAGGCUCCAGCGUCGUCUCGUGAGAUGACGCUGCGGAUGACACUUACACGGCCUGAUCUUCGAGCCGACGAAGAGCAAAUGUAUGGCUGGCAAAAGCCAUCAUCGGCCAAGGCACAAGCCCAUGAUGGAUCCGCUCAGCCAAGAUCGUAUGUCCGAGCUAGCACUACCAAAGACAACAUUGAGAGGCAAUUCGCUGCGUUUGACCAAGACAAUGCCAGCGCCGAUAACAGCAUGGUCAAACGCUUCUGGAACCGAGUCCGCCGAUCAUAA